AUGCCAUCGCAGGUGAACAUCGUCGUCCGCACGAGGCCCACGGACUUUGUCGCGGACUCCUUCCAGGUCGCGUCGACUAACACGCUCCGCUUCAUGCGGACCCCACCCACGUCAUCACCAACGGCAGAGGCAAUGGGGGCGGCGCACGCAAGGCCCGGUGCCAACACGGGAGGCGCAGAGGAGCCGCUGACAUUCACCGCUGACGCCGUGCUGCACAACACGUCGCAGGAGACAGUGUACAACAUGACCACCUCGGAUUUGGUGGAGGUGGCGCUGCAAGGCAUCAACUGCACACUCCUCUGCUACGGGCAGAGCGGAUCGGGCAAGUCGUACACGCUGUUCGGCGGUGACACCUUCCCCACGCGCGGCUGCGUCCCACGCGCCAUUCAGUCGCUCUUCGACUCGAUACGGAUGUCGUCAGAGCGCGAGACGAAGGUAAGCCUCACGUUCGUGGAGGUGUAUGGUGAGCAGGUCUACGAUCUGCUGGGGAAGGGACCGUCCGCUGCUGUUGCCCUCGCCGCCGCCGCGAAGGCCGAUGGCAGGAGCGGGAACGCCAACAAGGCGUGUGUCACGAUUGACAGCAAUGGCGCGGUAUUGCUGCGUGGUGUGGAGGAGCGGCGGUGCGCGACGGAGGCAGAGGCACUGACGACUCUCUUUGAGGGGCUGCAGCGGCGGCUGAGCGGCGCCAACGCGCUCAACCCACAAAGCUCGCGCUCACACGUCGUACUGACAUUCUAUCUGGAGAGCAAGAGCCUGCUCGACAGUGACGCGCUGACGCACCACUCACGGCUUAACUUCGUCGACCUGGCGGGAAGUGAGCGUCCGCACGCACACGCCGAUGAGGCGGCACAGCAGGAGAACAAAAUGAUCAACCGCUCACUCAUGAUGCUGGAGCAGGUGAUCCUCGCGCUCGCUGGCCACCGUCCCCGCCACGUGCCGUACCGCCAGAGCAAGCUCACGAUGCUGCUUAAGGACUCCAUCGGUGGCAACAGCAGGACGACGCUCAUAGCAAAUGUAUGGCCAGAGCAGCGGCACAUGGAUGCGUCCUUGGCGACGCUGAACUUCGCGAAGCGUAUGGUUCGUGUCGAAUCAAACCCCUCAGUGCACGCCACGAUGGACCCGCAGGCGCACAUUAAGAUGCUUCAGAAGCAAGUCUCCAGCCUGAAGUCGGAGCUGCGCAUGCAGGACCAACUUGCUGGCCGCGAGGCAAUCGCCACUGCACCGCUUGAAAGUGACGAGAUUCAGACCGCACGGGAGAGAGUGAUAGCCUUCGUCGAUGGAACUGCCGCGCAGGUACGUGUUACAUGUGUGCGGGAGAUGCACGCCUGCUUCCUCGCCUUCAGAACGAUCCUUGAGGAGCAGGACGCUCAAAUGAAGGAGAUGGAGCGGCUACUGGCGGCGACAUCGCGCCCCGGCAGCGCGUCCAGUACGAAGGGCUCAUCAAAGCGUAAGUGCAGCUCGAGGCACCAGGCCGCGUCGGAACCGAGGGAGCAGGUUAGGUUCAUCAGCAGCGUUCCUGACGCGAACACUGGCGUCGGCGUGGGCACGACCGAGAAGCCAAGCCCUGGGCUCCGAGAGAUGUUUCAGCAGCAGCAACAGCAGUCACGCGGUACCGCCAACAGCCUCGGGUACGCCCCAAACGGUGCGGGGGUGGGGAAGGGAGCUAACGAAUACGCCUCCGCUCUUGCAUCACCAGCUGAAGCAUCAGCAACGUCAGGAAAGCCACCACCACCACCAGUUCCGGCGCUGACAAUGAUACCAGAGGAAGACCCGUCCAAGACGCGGUCCCGCUUGCGGCGCCCGUCCUCAUGUCCGGUGGAGGACAAGCAUGAAGCCAUCUUGCCACCUACCGAUCGUUUUGUUGCUACAAUGGCGUUGACGUCGUUAAAUGCACCGGGACGACAGGAAGGUGUCGUUCGCGACCGGCGCGCGGCGUUCGAGGCAUAUAAACGAACGCCCACGGGUAACUGUCAGAUGGUGGCCAUUAAUAAUGCACAAAAGCUUCUUUCCGAAAAGAAUGAUACCGUAAUACAGCUGCAGAGGCGAUUGAAAGAGAUUAACGCAGAUAUUGAGGCAUGUAAGAGGUCGGAAGGGCCCACCGCGACGCUGGAGGAGCGUGUGGCGGCGCGUUGCACGCCGAUUGAGAUGCAUCGAUCUUCAGUGGUAUUCUCUGAGAGUUAUGCCAGCUUUAAUGAGAACAAUAUGACAUCAGGCGAAGGCUCGCCGACAAUUCACGCCGGGGAUCUAUCCAGCAUGACAGUCCCAGACAAGAAGGCAUUGCUGCACCACACGAAGUCUGCCGUGACGAGGGCCAUAACGGAGCGGGGCAUCUGCGCCAAGCAGCUCAACCGCCACCGCGAGGCGUUAAUGAGCAAUUUCCAGUACUGGUACCACUCCAACCUGCAGCCGUCGCUGGCGCCGCAGGGGGAGAAGGUGGUAACGCCUGCUGCUGCUGCUGCUGCUGCUGCUGCUGCCGCGGACGGAAAAGUGUUGCCUACGCUGAGGGCCGCCGGGCUCCAUUCACCCGGUCAUCCACGGGUAAAAAUAGCGGCGGAGGGAGACACACGCUUCAUGGACGGCGGAGAGCGAUUCGAGGCAUCGGAGAUGCAGCGUUUGCUUCAGAAGGACCCAGAGGGCGUGACAUUCUACGCGGCGCAGAGGCUUGUGCGUAGUGGACUUGCUUUGCAUGAGUGA